AUGGGGAAGAAGUGGCGGAGUCCGAGCGAGGCGGAGAAAGGCACCUCCUCCGACAAGGAGGAACUUGACCGGCGAAGAAGCCGCAGCGCCAGUCGGGGCAGGUUUGCCGAGUCCUGGAAGAGGUUAAGUUCCCGACAAGGCUCCACCAAGCGCUCGGGGCUGUCGUCGCAGCCGCCGCCGGCUCAGAAGUCAUGGAUAGAAAGAGCAUUUUACAAAAGGGAAUGUGUUCACAUCAUACCCAGCACCAAAGACCCCCAUAGGUGUUGCUGUGGGCGCCUAAUAGGUCAACAUGUGGGACUUACUCCAAGCAUCUCCAUUAUUCAGAAUGAGAAGAACGAAAGUCGGCUCGCUCGAAAUGACAUCCAGUCGGAGAAGUGGUCAAUCAGCAAGCACACUCAGCUCAGCCCCACCGAUGCUUUUGGAACCAUUGAGUUCCAAGGUGGAGGUCACUCGAAUAAAGCCAUGUAUGUUCGUGUGUCUUUUGACACAAAGCCUGAUCUUCUUCUACACUUGAUGACCAAGGAAUGGCAGCUUGAACUUCCCAAACUUCUCAUCUCUGUGCAUGGAGGUCUCCAGAAUUUUGAACUUCAGCCAAAGCUCAAGCAAGUCUUUGGGAAAGGCCUCAUUAAAGCUGCCAUGACAACUGGAGCAUGGAUAUUUACCGGAGGAGUAAACACAGGAGUUAUUCGGCAUGUUGGUGAUGCACUGAAAGACCAUGCCUCCAAGUCAAGAGGGAAGAUCUGCACUAUUGGAAUAGCUCCUUGGGGAAUUGUAGAAAAUCAAGAGGAUCUGAUUGGCAAGGAUGUGGUACGGCCAUACCAAACAAUGUCCAAUCCGAUGAGUAAGCUGACGGUACUCAACAGUAUGCAUUCUCACUUUAUACUAGCCGAUAAUGGGACCACGGGAAAAUAUGGUGCGGAAGUGAAACUUCGCAGACAGCUGGAAAAGCACAUCUCACUUCAGAAGAUAAAUACAAGGAUUGGGCAAGGUGUCCCAGUGGUGGCUCUUAUUGUGGAAGGAGGACCCAACGUAAUUUCUAUCGUCCUUGAAUAUUUACGUGACACUCCUCCAGUUCCUGUUGUAGUUUGUGAUGGCAGCGGGCGGGCCUCUGACAUCCUGGCAUUUGGUCACAAGUACUCCGAAGACGGAGGACUUAUCAAUGAAUCUCUGAGGGACCAAUUGCUUGUCACCAUCCAGAAGACCUUCACCUAUACCCGGACCCAGGCCCAGCAUCUCUUCAUAAUCCUCAUGGAAUGCAUGAAGAAGAAGGAACUGAUUACAGUGUUUCGCAUGGGAUCAGAAGGACACCAAGAUAUUGACCUGGCCAUCUUGACAGCUUUGCUAAAAGGAGCAAAUGCAUCUGCUCCAGAUCAACUAAGUCUAGCAUUAGCCUGGAACAGAGUAGACAUCGCUCGCAGCCAGAUUUUUAUUUAUGGGCAACAGUGGCCGGUGGGAUCCCUUGAGCAAGCCAUGCUGGAUGCCCUUGUGUUGGACAGAGUAGAUUUUGUAAAGUUGCUCAUAGAGAAUGGAGUAAGCAUGCACCGUUUUCUCACCAUCUCCAGACUAGAGGAAUUGUACAAUACGAGACAUGGACCAUCCAACACUUUGUAUCAUCUUGUCAGAGAUGUCAAAAAGCGUGAAUAUCCAGGUUUCGGUUGGAUCAAUUUUAAGGGAAAUCUUCCUCCAGAUUACAGGAUCAGUCUGAUUGACAUUGGCCUGGUGAUUGAGUAUCUCAUGGGAGGAGCUUACCGCUGCAAUUAUACUCGAAAACGCUUCCGAACCCUCUAUCACAACUUAUUUGGCCCCAAGAGACCCAAAGCCAUGAAACUGCUGGGAAUGGAAGAUGAUGUCCCACUGCGGAGGGGAAGAAAAACAACCAAGAAGCGAGAGGAAGAAGUGGACAUUGAUCUUGAUGAUCCUGAGAUUAACCAUUUCCCUUUCCCCUUUCAUGAGUUGAUGGUGUGGGCUGUGCUAAUGAAGCGUCAGAAGAUGGCCCUCUUUUUCUGGCAACAUGGAGAGGAAGCCAUGGCUAAGGCUUUAGUGGCCUGUAAACUCUGCAAAGCCAUGGCCCACGAAGCAUCCGAGAAUGAUAUGGUGGAUGACAUAUCUCAGGAGUUAAAUCAUAACUCCAGGGAUUUUGGCCAGCUGGCAGUGGAGCUCCUGGACCAAUCCUACAAGCAGGAUGAGCAGCUGGCAAUGAAACUGCUGACCUACGAGCUGAAGAACUGGAGCAAUGCCACGUGCCUGCAACUCGCAGUGGCAGCCAAGCACCGUGAUUUCAUUGCUCACACUUGUAGCCAAAUGCUGCUCACAGACAUGUGGAUGGGCAGACUCCGGAUGCGCAAAAAUUCCAGCCUAAAGGUAAUUCUAGGAAUUCUACUUCCUCCUUCAAUUCUCAGCUUGGAGUUCAAGAACAAAGAUGACAUGCCUUACAUGUCGCAGGCUCAAGAGAUCCAACUUCAAGAAAAAGAGCCAGAGGAACCGGAAAAACCAGUGAAAGAAAAAGAAGAGGAGGACAUGGAACUCACAGCAAUGUUGGGACGUGGCAAUGGGGAAUCUUCAAGAAAGAAGGAGGAAGAGGAAGUUCAGAGCAGACACAGAUGGAUCCCCUUUGGACGCAAGAUCUAUGAGUUCUACAAUGCACCAAUUGUUAAAUUUUGGUUCUACACUAUGGCAUACGUUGGGUACCUGAUGCUGUUCAAUUAUAUUGUGUUGGUGAAGAUGGAACGUUGGCCUUCCACACAGGAGUGGAUUGUUAUCUCGUAUAUUUUCACAAUGGGAAUAGAGAAGAUGAGAGAGAUAUUAAUGUCAGAACCUGGGAAGCUGCUGCAAAAGGUGAAAGUGUGGCUCCAAGAGUACUGGAACGUUACGGACCUCAUUGCUAUUCUCCUAUUUUCUGUGGGAAUGGUGCUUCGCCUCCAAGAUCAGCCAUUUAGGAGUGAUGGCCGUGUCAUAUACUGUGUCAACAUCAUUUAUUGGUAUAUCCGACUGCUAGACAUCUUCGGGGUGAACAAGUAUUUGGGGCCAUAUGUAAUGAUGAUUGGGAAAAUGAUGAUAGACAUGAUGUAUUUUGUCAUUAUUAUGUUGGUGGUUCUGAUGAGCUUUGGUGUUGCAAGACAGGCGAUACUUUUUCCCAAUGAGGAGCCUUCCUGGAAACUGGCAAAGAAUAUUUUUUACAUGCCGUAUUGGAUGAUCUAUGGGGAAGUGUUUGCAGACCAGAUAGACCCUCCUUGUGGUCAGAAUGAAACCAGAGAGGAUGGGAAAAUAAUCCAGCUGCCUCCCUGCAAACCAGGAGCAUGGAUCGUUCCUGCCAUCAUGGCUUGCUACCUCUUGGUUGCAAACAUCCUUCUGGUGAACCUGCUCAUUGCUGUUUUUAACAACACCUUUUUUGAAGUUAAAUCGAUAUCUAACCAGGUAUGGAAGUUCCAGCGGUAUCAGCUUAUUAUGACAUUCCAUGAAAGACCAGUCUUGCCCCCUCCUCUCAUCAUCUUCAGUCACAUGACUAUGAUAUUUCAGCACAUCUGCUGUCGAUGGCGGAAGCAUGAUAGCGACCCUGAUGAAACGGACUAUGGACUGAAGCUUUUUAUAACUGAUGAUGAACUGAAAAAGGUUCAUGAUUUUGAAGAACAAUGUAUAGAAGAGUAUUUCAGAGAGAAAGAUGAUAGAUUCAAUUCGUCCAAUGAUGAAAGAAUCCGAGUUACCUCUGAAAGGGUAGAGAAUAUGGCCAUGCGAUUAGAAGAAGUGAAUGAACGAGAGCAUUGCAUGAAGGCUUCACUUCAGACUGUAGACAUCCGCCUUGCUCAACUGGAAGACAUGAUAGGGCGAAUGGCUACAGCCUUAGAUAAGCUUACUGGCCUAGACAGAGGGGAGGCCACUAAGAUACGGUCUCGAACAUCCUCUGACUGUACUGACACAGCCUACAUUGUCCGACAGAGCAGCUUCAAUAGCCAGGAGGGAAAUGCAUACAAACUUCAAGAGAGCAUUGAUCCCACGGGGGAGGAGUCUGUGUCACCAACCUCUCCAACAGUCACGCCCCACUUGCGAAGUCACUCCUUCUAUGCAGUGAACAUGAAGGACAAGUGCGGGUUGGAGAAAUUUGAAAGCAUUUUCAAAGAAAGGUCCCUCAGCCUCCACCGUGCCAGUAGUUCUCACUCUGUCUCAAAAGAGCAAAAAAUCCCUUCUUUAGUGCCUACAAGCACUCUGUCAAUUGCCCCAGACUCCAGACGGCCUUCCUCUUGCAUAGACAUUUAUGUCUCGGCCAUGGAUGAGCUGCAGUCUGUCACAGAACCCCUUGACAGUUCAAUGAACAUCCUUGGGACUGGAGAUCCAGCUCUCCAAGCUCAGAUAGUUUCCAGUGUUGUCUCCAGUAGUGCUUAUGUCAGCGGUACUCUGGGUGAUAGAAUUUCUGGCAAGAGUAUUGAUUAUGAAGAUCAAUCGAUGGAAACAAGAGUGUUUUCUUCAGACUAUUCACAAAUUGCAGAUUGCUCAAACCCCUGGGAAUCAGACCCUCCCAUGUACCAUACUUUGGAGAGGUCUAAAAGCAGCCGAUACCUGGCUACAACCCCAUUUAUUUUAGAGGAAGCACCGAUAGUAAAAUCUCACAGUUUCAUGUUCUCUCCUUCUCGGAGCUAUUUCAGCAGCCUUGGAGUGCCAGUCAAAACAGCAGAGUACACAAGCAUUACAGACUGCAUUGAUACAAGGUGUGUCGGUGCUCCUCAAACCAUUGCAGAAAGGUCGAGCUUCCCUGGAGUUCAUGGAGACAAAAUUGAUGACUUAGGAUGUUGCCACCCAGAGAGGGAAGCGGAACUAAGUCACCCAAGCUCUGACAAUGAGGAAACUGAAACCAAAGACAAAAAAGCAGUUCCCUUGUCAUCUCAAGAUAGCAAUACAUCUAGAACAUUGUCCAACAAUAUCCCUCUUCCAAAAAUAGAGAGGGCCAACAGUUACUCUGCAGAUGAGUCCAACUUGUUGUAUGCACACACAAAGAAAAGCUACUCCAUCAGUGAUAAGCUGGACAGGCAGCGCAAUGCAACGAGCCUCCGAAGUACAUUCCAGAGGAGCAAGUCAUCCAGACCAGAGAACAGGUCGGACACCUUAUCAAUGAGAAGAGUCUCUAGAACAGGUGCCUUCCAUAGCUUUGAGAGCAAGCAUAGUUAGAGAUAAUAUGUGCAUCAUAACAAGAAGAAUUGUCUGAGACUUGUCUGCCCUCCUGUUUUUUCAUUAGCAGAAUGAAGUAACUUCAGACCAUUAUAUGUCAGCAACAGCUGACAUCUGCCAACAGUGAAGUUAGCACUUUCACAACAUCCAUGUCAAGCACUGAGGUUCUGUAUCUUGACCUAGUUGGCAUUUGCACUUAAUGGGAGGGGGAGGGGGAGGGGGAAGGAAAAAUUAGAGAGACAUUUUUAAAAAAAUAAAUAAAUGGGUGAACAGUUUAAGAAAUCUGCCUUUCAAAAUAGGGAUAUAUUGGUUUGAAAGAGAAACAAAAUAACAUGCAUACAAAGAGGGUAUUUUGACUAUGCUGGUUUCCACCUCAGUACUAUCGUUGUGACAGCUAGUGAGCGCAUCUUUGUAUUACUCUAUAGAAACUGAAAACAAAGUAGCCGUAAACUUUCCCCAGAUUUCUCACAUCCCUAUACUUCUGCCUGAUCAUUGUAAAAAGAAGUUAGCUAACACACUCACCGUUCACCUGUAUCCUUUUUGUAUUAACUUGUAGUGGCACAAAUGUCUAUAUUUUCAAGAAGGGAAGAAAAGAGAUGCCUUUUGUAUAGCAGCAUGAGGGAAAGGGAAGAAUUUAUGUAUAGCCACAUGAUUUCCUGUUUUAAAUGGGAUUUUUAGCACUGUUGAGCAAGCUCAGGAGGAAUGUAAUUAAGUGGAAUAGUAAAUAUUUAUUUUUUAAGCACGGGUACCAGUUUAGAAAGUAUUUCACAGGACUUUGUUAAAAUGUCAUAGUGAGAAAUAAGAACUGGUGUCCUGUUCUCACUGUUCUGUGCAACAUGCCCAUCUCAUUCACUAUUUUCAAACUAUUUUCAUUCAUUGUCACUGCCAUAUUCUUCUACCAGUUCCUCCAUUUAGCUGCCAUUAUUUCAUUUUAAGGCAUGCUUAUAACUUAACAUUUUGGUGUUUAUAGUAUUGUAUGUUUAUUGUGUGGUCUGAACUUGGGUGAGCACAGAACAAGUGGGACACUGAAUGAUGUUCUGUGACAAAACAAAUCCUUUUAAGAAGUUAGUUGAAGCGCCAAAGUGAAAUUAACAUUUCUGGUGACUGCAAAAGCCAUUCCUUGACGUUGUCUAGAAAGGCAAGGUAGCGAAAGAAGAAUACCCUACCCUGGUGUGCAAGAGCCACCUCCCCCCCUGCCUCCCUCAGGCCCACCCUCCACCCAUGGGGCUGCAAGGGUUAAAUGUGUUUCGGGCUAGGCAAGGGGCUAAUAAGAGCAAAGAGAGCACUGUACCAUUCAGAAGAAGAAAACCUUAAUUGUGAAAUGAUUUUGGAGAAAUAGUUUAAUCCUUACUUAGCAAUAUGCCAGGGCUGCUACCCCCUCUGUAAAUGUGUCAUCCUUUUUUGUUUCUGACAACAUAUAUGUGAGGUUUUGAAGGAGAUUUUUAAAAUUAUUCAGAGCUCCAAUAGCCAGUGACCACAUUAAUUGGACCAUUUUAGCCAUCCCAGCCUGUUUAUAAGGACAGUUUAAAGCGCCCAUUCCCCUUUUUCCCAAUGCAGAUUUCCCCCAAUGCAGCCUCCCGUCCCUGCCUGAGGGGAUUUCAGAAAUGUGUUUGCUGAUGCCAGGUGUGUGUGUGUGUGUGUGUGUGUGUGUGUGUGUGUGUGUGUGUGUAAAUCAUGCAUUUGUCUGUACAUCUAGGAUUUGUGGCAAGGAAUUGUUGCCUUUUUCAACUUGCAAUGCUACUUUCAAAGGCUACUUUCAUACUUACCGCAGUUCUUCCAGGCUAAGCAGCCAGAGACUAGUCACUAGUCCCUAGAACCUACCGGUAAUCUGUGCUGUGCUGCUGAACAGUUUUGGAUACAGUUCCCACUGAGAGCAUUGGGAUCUAUUUUGAGUUGGUCAGAAUAGAGUAGCACUCUGUCUUGAUUCUGCUUAAGGCCUAGACUGUCCUGGAUCAGGGAUUAUGAUUUAAAUGCAUUCCCCCCCAGCUGUCCACUCUGCAGAACAGUUCAGUUUAACCUGAGCUGACUUGCUACCUCUAUAAAACGACUCUUCAAAUGCUUUCUUGAGAGCCACUUGACAAUUUUUCUGUUUUUCUUCAGUGACACUCUUCUAAACAGUCAUACCACUGUCAUCAUGGUGUAAUUUUUUUUGACUAAAAUAACUAGUGUGACCCUUUCCAGUCCAUUUACUAGUGUGGGAAAGGUCAGACCUGAUUGCUGGAAUUUCUUUGACAAAAACUGACAAUCAGCAGUAGUACUUUAAAGGCUACACCAAGAUUCUCACUGAAUUCUGAAAUACAGAAAUAUGGACCACAUUUUUAUUAAUGGCCAGCAUGUGCAAAAAUUGUAGUUUUUGUUAAGGAAAUAUAUGUGAACCAUCUUUAUGUCCUCUUUUCAUAAGCCAAUGUGAGUUUUUACAUGAAUGUGAGAACAAAAAUGAAUUCUGUUUUAAGUGGCCUUAAAAGUAUUUCUGUUCACUGGGAGAAGAAAGCAGGCACCCACCCACCAGAUAAUUUGAAUUCCUUUCUAGGAAUCAGUCAAAUUUACAAGUGUCUCUUUCCCAUUUUGCACACAGUAUCACCACAUUUAUCAGUUUUACAAGUGUUAGGGACAAAACUGCAAUCUUUGUGUCUCUUGUGAAAACACGUUUUAACUCUACAAGCAGACAUGCCCAUUAUGAUCAGCGAGACUGGCAGUGAACACUCCGUCAUUUCACCCCAUAGCUUCUUUGUUAGACUCCUGAAUUAAGAGAUUCCUGGACCAGAGUCUGUGUGAAAAUUAGCAUACAGCACCUUAUUAAACAAGAACUUGAACUCCAGGGAUCUGGAACUAGGAAUCUUUGGGUAUGCUAACAAACUGCAGCACUUCACUCAAGCAGUAAUUCAGCAGUAAAAUUCUCACUUAUAUAUUGCCUAUGUUGCCAAUUCCAUAGGGGUAGAGUAUUUGCAGGGAGCAAGUGUGGAGUUGUAACCUUUUCUUUUUUCAAAAAGAUGUCUUUCUGUAGAUGGGCACACAAAAUAUACAUUGAAACAGGCAGUGUGAUUACAAAAUAUAGUUUUCCAGGAAUUGUUUCCAAUAUCUCUAAACUGAUGCCCCUUCUGAUGCCCACUGUGAAUGACUCCUGAUUUUCCAAGUUUAUGAGCUAUCAGUAUCCUCUUUUGAGUAUUCAGUACUAUCCACCAUGUUUAUUUCUAAAGUGGAAAGAAACUUUUAUCUUUUGUCUUAUAACCACAGCUUGUUGUAUGUACAUUAUAAAGUUCAGCCUCAUUUAUCCAAAUGUGCAGGCUGGGUUAGAUCAUAAAUAUCUGAAUAAUCAAGUAUCAGGUGAACAGGAGGGCCACAAUGAUAUGAGAUUAGAUGGGAGCAUGCAAAUCGGUUUAGAUAAUCCUUAGAUGUUCGGGG